CCUCUGUCUCGGCCCCGUUCCCACCAUGCCUCUUGGACACGGACUCCGUCUCCUCCAAGCCACCCCACUCCAGGAACGCUCGUCGCCACUCCUUCCUCAAUUUCCCAUCCGAGAUCCGUAACAUGAUAUAUCAAUAUUGUGUCGACUACCCCACCUGCCGUCAGUUAUACGACACAUACUAUGUUCAAAGGGACAAGCAGGACAACGGAAAGGGCAAGGGCAAGGAAAAUGCACAGGUCAAACCCCACCUCAACACACCUACAAUCCUCUUGCUGUGCAAACGAAUCACUCGAGAAGCACUGGGCGUAUUACGCUCACGCUACUUCAUCCUCGACCGCAUCCCUCCCUGGGUAAUGGGCAAUGCUAGCCCCCUUCCUCUGAUCCACUUCGUCAGCAAAACCACCCUGCAGAACAUCAAAUACUUCGAAUUUCGGGUCGCACUCGGUGAGGGCAGAGAAGGCAGUGGCUUCAUCUGGAUCAAGGUACUUAGAGAGUUGCUCAAGGUCCUGUCUGAACGCAAUGCUGUCGUCGAGAUGAAGGUGAUGUUCACGCUGAAGCAUAUUGAGUGCUGGGGUCUUUGGCUCUAUGAACUGCCAGGCUAUGAACGCCUGACAGGCAUGCUCAAUCAAUGGGAGUUUAAGCAUGGGCACAGGCCGGGGACGGUGCAAUUGGAGCAUUGGGUCAUAGACUACAUCUAUGCCUACAGAACGGGUUUCAGAAAUCCCCUCGUACGCUUUUACCCGGACGAAGUCUUCUGGCCCGGAAGUGUGCUGGAAUAUCUUUGACCCACAACCACAUUCCAUCUUCAUCAUGAUUUGAGCCGAGUUAGCACAUCAAAGCGACAAGUUCACACCCAGUGGCCCAAGUCCUUUCAAACAUCAAUAAGGCGAAGAGGAGUAUUCAGGCAUUUCGGGCACUGACAGAGUAGUCCAGAUUCCGGAAUGGAAGAUACCAACAGGCGUUGCUUUAGAAACCCAGAUACUGACUCGCUCACUUACGAAACAUCACACAUUGCAUUAAGCGACAAGCGUUGCAUCCAUGUAACUAAUACACUAGAACUAAACCUCAGUUUAGAAAUUAUGAGCAUAUGAACCAG